AUUUAUGCAAGUUUUUUUUUUUAAUUUUUGAAUUAUAAAGCCUUUUCCAAUGAUAUUGUAUGAUAUCUCUGAUGAUCCUGUUAGAAGAUUAUUUUUAGAUGACUUAAUCAUGUAUCAGGAGGAGAAAGGUACUCCUCUCUCUCAAUGUCCUACAAUCAGCAAGCAGCCACUCGAUCUCUACAGGCUGUACUUGGCUGUUAAAGAAAGGGGUGGCUUUGUUGAGGUGAUGAAAGGUAGGAUGUGGAAGGAAAUUGCAGAACUCUUAGGAAUUGGUUCUUCUUCAAGUGUGGUAUAUACAAUGAGGAUGCAGUACAACAAACAUCUUCUGCCUUAUGAAUGUAAAUACGAUAUGGGUGGCAUUGAUCCUGCUCCUCUUAUAAGUAGCCUGGAGAAAAGAGCAGGAAGAAGAAGAUGAAGAUAUUAAACCGGUGCUUAUGAGUUUAGUGGUCCCAAUGCUGCACCCGAUGGAAGAUUUUCAUUUUAAUAAUUAGUUCUCAUAUAAAAAGGUUUUUAAAAUGUGGUUUCAGAUUAGAGUCUAACCUUUGCCUCUUGUACUUCAUUCAUUCCUCAAAUGAACUAUUUUAUAAAAGUAUCAAAUGAAUCUCUAAAAUGGAGCUGCCAUCUACUGGGCCGAAUUGAAUUUUUUUUUUCUCUUGAAAAUUGUAUGAGCUGACAUUGAGAACUGACUGCUGUUAUGUAUAUAUGUAAAUAUAACUAAGUCAACGGUUUUGUUAUUAAGUGAAUUCACUAAUGACAGUCUUAAAAAUUUAUUUUAUAUUUGUUUGGCUUAAACUAUAUGUUUGAUACUUUUAUUUAUGACUUUGCUUAAAACUUAUAAUUCUGCUUCUGUAAAGUUUUUAAAUUUUUUACAGUAUUGUGAUAUUUAACUCUUUUAGUUCGAAUUCAUAUGUAAAAAUUUUGCCAAUAAUAAAAACUUAAAUUUUUCCCA